CCUAUGGGUGGCCAUGCCUGGGGUCCGUGUUGCAUAGGGCGCAGGGUGAGGAGCGGCUGCAGCCCUGCCUGGACUGCGCUGUCACCACCAUUCUCUGGGAACUCACCUGGCACCAUGAUGUCACUUCCCUCUGGCUGGACUCUGCUGCUCCUGGGGACCCUGGUACUCAUGCUGCUGCCUGGGGGAGCUCUCAGUUAUUGUGUUGAUCCACCUGACAUUCCCAAUGCUGUUCGGAAGACUAAUGUUGGCACAUUGAUUCCACCCGGGAUGGUGAUUAGAUAUGGCUGCCGCCCAGGUUAUAAGCUAAUCCCUGGAAGAAGGCAAGGGCAUGUUACUUGUCUUCAAAAUUUGACCUGGUCUUCAGCUCCGAACUUUUGUCAGAAAGUUCGUUGUCCAGCUCCAGAUGUUAACAACGGGACACCGAAACCGAUGCCUAGACCUGGAGAGGAGACCUAUGCGUUUGAGGACAGAGUUACAAUUAAAUGUGAUUUGGGGUAUGAUAUCAAAGACAGUAUCAACGGAAAUGCUCAGAUUCACUGCAAACAUGAUGGCACAUGGGAUCCUGCUGUACCAGUUUGCGAACCAGUUUGUGCCCAACCCCCAAACAUCUUGCAUGGCCAGUACAAUGACUGGGGCAAGAGAGGUUUUUUUGUUGGCUCUUCGGUAACUUACAAAUGUGACAGAGGCUUCUCACUUGUUGGAAAAGCCUCCAUUCAGUGUAUCGCUGGUGAUGAGGUCACUCCAACCUGGAGUGAGCCUACCCCUCAGUGUGAAGAGACUCAGUGUCCAGUCCCACAUAUUCAACAUGGAAGCCUGAAAUCUCCACUUCCACUUAACUAUACACACAGAACCAAUGUCACAUUUCAGUGUGAUCCUGGUUACACCCUUAGGGGCGCUGAUAGGAUUCAUUGCCAAGCUGAUGGCAAGUGGUAUCCGCAGCUACCCGCUUGUGACCCAGCUUGUGAGCCACCUGCACGCAUCGCUAAUGGAUGGGACAAGCGCGGCAGGAAAAAUGUUUUCCUUGUUGGCUCACGUGUGAGCUACUCCUGUGACCCUGGUUGGUCACUUGUUGGAGUAUCCUCCAUUCGAUGUACAGCUGGUGAUGGGGGAACUCUGCGCUGGGAUGCACCAGUACCUGAGUGCAAAGCUUGUGAGCCACCUGCACGCAUCUCUAAUGGACGGGACGACCGCGGCUGGAAAAAUGAUUUCCUUGUUGGCUCAAGUGUGAGCUACUCCUGUAACCGUGGUUGGUCACUUGUUGGAGUAUCCUCCAUUCAAUGUACAGCUGGUGAUGGGGGAACUCCGCGCUGGGAUGCACCUGCCCCUGAGUGCAAAGCUUGUGAGCCACCUGCACGCAUCUCUAAUGGACGGGACGACCGUGGCUGGGAAAAAGCUUUCCCUGUAGGCUCACGUGUGAGCUAUUCCUGUAACCGUGAUUGGUCACUUGUUGGAGUAUCCUCCAUUCUAUGUAUAGCUGGUGAUGGGGGAACUCCACGCUGGAAUGCAUCUGCCCCUGAGUGCAAAGGUUCUGUGUUGAACACAACUGACAACUCUGCUGAGCCUCAAGGUGAAGACAUAAUUACCCAGGACAAACCCACAACUGUCCCUCCCAAAGGAGCAGAAGUAGCUGGUACUUCCUCAGGUUCUGCGAUGAACAUAGCUGGCAACUUUGCUGAGCCUGAUGGAGAAGGGCGUGUCAUAGUCCUUGCAAUAGGCAUUGUCACCGGUAUUGGUAUCGUAGUUCUUGGUGUAGUUCCUGCAAUUAUAGCAUCGGCAAUUUUGAAGAAAAAUAGGAUCAAGGUCGAUGCUAGCUAAUGGCUUACAAAUUAACAGACAUAAUAUUGGAAGAAAAGAAUGGAAAAGUUAGGAAAUAAGCUUCAUACAUUUGCACUGAAUUUUGGUAGUGAAAAUAGACCUCUCUCAGGCACUUUCACUACAACUUUUCUCCUUUGAACUGGACUUGCAAUUGGAAUCCACUGCAUUUGAAAAAAGCAAAAAGUAAAAGGGAAGUGGAUCAUCCCUUUUGUCUUUAAAAACUGGUUUCUGAAGCAAGCAAAGGCAGUUGGCAGCAUCAAAAUUACUUGCUGUUCUGUACACGCAGCUGGCUCCUUAUUCCACCUCUCCAUAGUGCUAAAUGUUUCACCUGUUAAAGAACAUGUUGGCCAUCUGAGUGUGGCAUAG